AUAACCGGUAGUAUUGAAGAUACAUCUGUGUUGCGCUAUCCAGUUAACAAAAUAGUUUUAAAAUACCCAUCUAAAACGUGCAAACAUCAUGGUUUUCCAUGUAAGGAGGUUGGAUGUCUACAGGAAAGUCCCCAAAGACCUGACCCAGCCCACGUACACAGGAGCUGUGGUGUCCAUUAUCUCCUGUCUUCAUGUUGUUCCUCUGAGCUGAAGGGAUUCAUAGCCACUGAAGUUGUUAACGAGCUGUGUGUGGACGACCCUGAUAAGAACAGUGGUGGGAAGAUUGAUCUGAGUUUGAACAUCCAGUUUGCUGUGAUUUGGUGGGUCUUGAUAUCCAGGAUGAGAUCAGGUCAUCAUGAGGUGGGGCACAUAGACAACCCCAUGAAGGUUCGUCUCAACCAUGGGUAUGGUUGUCGCUUCGAGGGAGAGUUCACUAUUAACAAAGUACCAGGUAACUUCUACGUGUCGACCCACAGCGCCACAGCCCAGCCCCAGAGCCCUGAAAUGACACACCUCAUACACAAACUGGCCUUCGGGGAGAAACCACUGGAGUACGUAGCCUAUAGCCACACAGGAAGGAUUAUCCCAGCUAUCUGGUAUCGCUAUGACCUCAGUCCAAUCAGUCAAGUACACAGAGAAGAGACAACCCCUUUACCGGUUCAUAACUACGAUCUGUGCUAUCAUCGGGGGGACGUUCACGGUAGCAGGCAUCAUAGACUCCUGUAUAUUCACAGCCUCCGAGGCCUGGAAGAAGAUCCAGAUAGGAAAGAUGUCCCGAGGACGUAUCACUACGCUGUCCCGAGGACGUAUCACUACGCUGUCCCGAGGACGUAUCACUACGCUGUCCCGAGGACGUAUCACUACGCUGUCCCGAGGACGUAUCACUACGCUGUCCCGAGGACGUAUCACUACGCUGUCCCGAGGACGUAUCACUACGCUGUCCCGAGGACGUAUCACUACGCUGUCCCGAGGACGUAUCACUACGCUGUCCCGAGGACGUAUCACUACGCCCCCAUGAAACGUAUUUCUAACAUCCAGAAGGGUGUAUCUCAAUAGUCUACAGGCUUCCUCUCCUUCACCUGCUAGAAUAAUAAUAAUAUAUACCAUUUAGCUGACGGUCUUUUCCAAAGCAUUCAUGGUACACAUUUUCUUUAUGGGAGGCCCCAACGGGAAUCGAACCCACCAUCCUGGUAUUAGAAGUGCCAUGCUCUACCCACUGAGGCAUUCAUUCCUUCAUCUGUCCUAGCAGAUUAAGGAAAGGAGACAAGGAGACAAGACUUUAUACAAUUGAGAUACUGGCCUUAUAUUUCCCCAUAUGACAACGGGAUGGAUGGGGUCGACUGUAGGAACAUCACAAGUUGUGCCUUUAGGUUUGUGAAGCCCAUGUCGUGUCUCACAAAUGUAUUUUCAGCGUUCUGUAAAUGUUGUUUUCAAUGUUGACUGAACCAGGGUUUUCUUAAUGCUGAAUCUGUCACGGUAUUGGCUGAAUUAUAGACCAGCAACAACGUUGCCAAUCAGUGGUCAGUGUUUUCUGCCCCGCCUCCUCUCCUUUUUCUAGAAUGUUUCCCAAAAUGCAUUGUGACUGACUGUCUGUUCAGUGUCCGUGUCUCAUCCUUCUGUUCUGACAUUGUUGUUGCUUUCACCCAUUUUGUUUUUCUUUCUGUGAAUUUUUAAAGGAUUUGGAUGUCUUAUUUUUGCCAAAAGAAUAGUAUUUUCUUAGUUUAGUAUUAUAUUUUACACUGUAUGUAAAUGUGUUGUGUUCUUUUGAUUUGAAAAGGAUAACAAUUCGGUAUUAUCCGUUUGACCUUGUUACUGGGUUUCUGUGGGAAAGGAGGGAACUGUUUUUAGUUAGGGUGACAUUUGGGAUAUAGCCCUUCUAUCGCCAAUGUAGUGCAUGACUUUUAGACCAGGGCCCGUAAAGCUAUCAUCAAAGUAGUGCACUACACAGGGAAUAGGGUGCCAUUUGGGAUUCCGUCAAGAUGUACUUUAUCGAUGGUCUCAUCGCUACCAUGCCAACUAAGAUGAAGGCCAUUGAAGUCUUUGUUAAAACUGGUAUUUCUGGACUAGGUCAGACAUGUUCCUGUUAUGAAAGAAUCCGAUGACGUGCCAUCACUGAAACAACCCGUUGUACUACCAGUAAAGUUACCUUAGCAACCGCGGUGUUCUAGUUCCUACUUCCUCAUGACAACAGACAAGCACUGACCUCAGACUAUUCAGGCGCCUUCCUUUUAGAGACUGAUCUAGUUACUCGCUGUCCUUACCCAAUCGGCCUGGAAUAUUCCAAGCCAGUGAAAACGUGUUGCAUAAAACUGACACUAUUAUUAUUUUUUAAACAUUUUUUUAUACAGACGUAUUUGUUUGAUUUGUACUUUAGUGGCAACAGUCCACACACAGAACUGGAGCCCGUCUAUAGGUCCACUCCACACACAGAACUGGAGCCCAUCUAUAGGUCCACUCUGCCGAGGUGUGGUAAUGUUGACUUCAGUCCACACACAGAACUGGAGCCCAUCUAUAGGUCCACUCUGCCGAGGAGUGGUAAUGUUGACUUCAGUCCACACACAGAACUGGAGCCCAUUGUAGUUCUAUAGGUCCACUCUGCCGAGGUGUGGUAAUGUUGACUUCAGUCCACACACAGAACUGGAGCCCAUCUAUAGGUCCACUCUGCCGAGGUGUGGUAAUGUUGACUUCAGUCCACACACAGAACUGGAGCCCAUCUAUAGGUCCACUCUGCCGAGGAGUGGUAAUGUUGACUUCAGUCCACACACAGAACUGGAGUCCAUCUAUAGGUCCACUCUGCCGAGGUGUGGUAAUGUUGACUUCAGUCCACACACAGAACUGGAGCCCAUCUAUAGGUCCACUCUGCCGAGGUGUGGUAAUGUUGACUUCAGUCCACACACAGAACUGGAGCCCAUCUAUAGGUCCACUCUGCCGAGGUGUGGUAAUGUUGACUUCAGUCCACACACAGAACUGGAGCCCAUCUAUAGGUCCACUCUGCCGAGGUGUGGUAAUGUUGACUUCAGUCCACACACAGAACUGGAGCCCAUCUAUAGGUCCACUCUGCCGAGGAGUGGUAAUGUUGACUUCAGUCCACACACAGAACUGGAGUCCAUCUAUAGGUCCACUCUGCCGAGGUGUGGUAAUGUUGACUUCAGUCCACACACAGAACUGGAGCCCAUCUAUAGGUCCACUCUGCCGAGGUGUGGUAAUGUUGACUUCAGUCCACACACAGAACUGGAGCCCAUCUAUAGGUCCACUCUGCCGAGGUGUGGUAAUGUUGACUUCAGUCCACACACAGAACUGGAGCCCAUCUAUAGGUCCACUCUGCCGAGGUGUGGUAAUGUUGACUUCAGUCCACACACAGAACUGGAGCCCAUCUAUAGGUCCACUCUGCCGAGGUGUGGUAAUGUUGACUUCAGUCCACACACAGAACUGGAGCCCAUCUAUAGGUUCACUCUGCCGAGGUGUGGUAAUGUUGACUUCAGUCCACACACAGAACUGGAGCCCAUUGUAGUUCUAUAGGUCCACUCCACACACAGAACUGGAGCCCAUCUAUAGGUCCACUCCACACACAGAACUGGAGCCCAUCUAUAGGUCCACUCCACACACAGAACUG